UGGGGUGCAGAUGGCGUGGGUGGGGGUGCGUGUAGAGAACCCGGGCUGAUCUGGCUGCGGCCACCGGGGCACAGCUCCUGGCCGGGGAUCUGCACCGAAGCCGCAGAGAUCAGGUCCCUCUGCAGCCGCGGAAGGGUUAAACGCCCCUCCCCCUCCCCCGGGACAAAGGCACCGAAACCCGGGCGCCCCUCCCCCACCUGCUCGCUCCCUGGGGCGGGGCUCCCCUCCCCCUCACCUACCGGAACCGACCCUGCUGCUCCCGCCGCCAUUAAACCCUCCCCGCAGAGCGCCUCCCGGGCUGGGACCUGGCGACCCUUCCUCGGGCAGGACUCAGGAGGGAACUAGGGGUCGAGAGCGGGAGUGGGCGCCCUCGGACCAAGCCGAGUCCGCAGUGUGCGGAAAGAGAAGGGGUCGAGGGCAGAGGUAGGGUCUCGGAGGGGAGAGAUGCCGGGUGCCUGGGCCGGCGUGGCCCCUGCGCUAACCGGGCCAGAGACCUGGAGGACUGACAGCGGGUUUGGGAAGAGCGCGGCCAGGUAUGGCUGGGCGUGGGCGAUGCAAAUGAGGAGUGGACGGUCUGUCUGUCCUUGGGCCACACUGCUGGGGCCGGUCCUCAGUUCAACUCCAAACCGUGCGCGGCAACUUUGGGUAACGGAGAGCCAGAACAGGACCCUGAGCAGAACUGAUCCCCCAGCCAGCCACAACGCCAAGUGGGAUGCGAGGGGGGGCCGGGGCUGCGGCGGAGGAGCUGGUUCACUGGGCAGAAUCCAAGGGUUUCAGGUCGUCUUAGGGAAGUUGAGUCCUUAGAGGAUGGCAUUUGGGGCAAGAACGCACAACAGAAUGUCCCCCACCUUGGAGGUAUGCUGACGGAACCCCUAGGGGAGGGCGGAAGAGCCCGGCCCGGGGCGCAGCCGGUAGCCCUGGGGAAGAAGCGCUUUUGGGUGAGAGGGUGGUAUUUGUGGUUUUCACUGCCUCUGCCCCUCUGGGGUUUGACUGAGGCUGGACUGGGCCAACUGGGCCAGGCAAGGCGGGGAAGGGUGGGUCACCCGAGACACAAACAUGACCACCUGCCUGGGGGGAUGGAACCGGGCUGGGGUGAGGAGUUUGUACACUGCUACUGGGUGGUUGGGAGGCAGCUUGGAUCUCUAAUCCUGAUGUUGAAACUGACAGUUUUUUGAGCCUGAAACUCAUGGCUAGCACCAACCCACCAUCUGUGUGCCCUAAGGAAACGCCUGGAAAUUGCUGUCUGAUAAAAUGUAGGAAAAGUGGCUGGGGCCAUGGACUAGCAUUGGUAUGGGCUUUGUGUCUCAUGUGCCCUCGAGACAGCCAGGACUGGGUUGCUUACUUUUUCGCUCUUCUCCUCUCAGCCUCAACCUCGCCAUGGCUUCCGCUGGCCUGCAAAUCCUGGGGAUCAUCCUGACGCUGCUCGGCUGGGUGAACGCCCUGGUGUCCUGUGCCCUGCCCCUGUGGAAGGUGACCGCCUUCAUCGGCAACAGCAUCGUGGUGGCCCAGGUGGUGUGGGAGGGGCUGUGGAUGUCCUGCGUGGUGCAGAGCACGGGCCAGAUGCAGUGCAAGGUGUAUGACUCCCUGCUGGCGCUGCCCCAGGACCUGCAGGCCGCCCGUGCCCUCUGCGUCGUCGCCCUCCUGUUGGCUCUGCUCGGGCUGCUGGUCUACCUCGCGGGAGCCAAGUGUACCACCUGCGUGGAGGACAAGGACUCCAAGGCCCGUCUGGUGCUUGUCUCUGGGAUCAUCUUUGUCAUCUCGGGUGUCCUGACCCUUAUCCCUGUCUGCUGGACCGCCCACACCAUCAUCCGGGACUUCUACAACCCUUUGGUGGCCGAGGCCCAAAAGCGGGAGCUGGGGGCCUCCCUCUACCUGGGCUGGGCAGCCUCUGGUCUUUUAUUGCUGGGGGGGGGGCUGCUGUGCUGCACAUGCCCCUCGGGGGGGGCCCGGGGCUCAAACCAUUACAUGGCCCGAUACUCCGCCUCUGCCGCACAUGGCACCUCUCAGGGUCCCUCCGAAUACCCCGCUAAGAAUUAUGUCUAAUUCCGGUAGGGGAGCGGGGACUCCCUUGACAGCGGAGUCUAACUUCCUGAGCCGGAGACGUGGAGAUGGUGAUCCAGACAGCUUUGGGUGGUUUUUUAUCUUUUUUGGGGGGGAGGAGCAGGGGGAGUGGUAUUUUUAAAACUCAGUUGGUAACUCGACCAAGAAACUCAGCAUCUCUCUUGGGCUCUGCUGCUGGUGCGUCUCACCUUUGGAUGAUGGAGCCAAGGAGGUGAUGCUUCACAGUUUCUGGAUCUUUCUCCACCCCGGACAUCCCCAUCUCGGAGGCCAACCCGCAGCCGCGGGCCAGCGUGAAGGCUGCCUGCUGUUCAGAUGCUUGCAGCCUGUCCCCAAGAGUCCCUCCUUAGUGGUGGGUCCUCUGAACCCCCAGGGGCUCCUGAGCCUCAGGUAGCCCGCCCUUAGAAGAGCGGGCGGUUUAAGUUACCAAAGAACCACCCACCUCCAAGUGUUCUGACCUCUGGCUCCUCUACCCUGAGUCCUGCCCCAGCUGUGCCCUAGACCACCUCCCCCGCCCCCCUCUGGCUCACCUUCAGCCCCUGCAUGCUUCUGUCACGCCCCUCCCGCCCCCCACAGUUUUUGUUAAAUAAAGCUCGUCUUA